AUGAGCGCCGAAACGCGCCAAGCCACUGGCGCGGGCGGCAAAUCGAAACGACGAGGGACCGACCCGGAAGAAGAUGGGAAAGCGAUGGGCGAACCGAAGCGUCAGCGAGUCUCACGGGCUUGUGACAGCUGCCGGUCGAAAAAGGACAAGUGCGAUGGAAUACAGCCUGUAUGCUCAACUUGUGCAUCGCUCUGUCGUCCUUGUACAUACAAAGCCAACCCGAAGAAAAGAGGUUUGCCCACAGGGUACAUUCGAUCGCUCGAGUUGCUCUGGGGACUGGUGUUCCAAAGGAUACAAGGCAGUGAGGAUGUGAUGCGGGCUUUAAUGCGAUCAAUCAACCUUCCGAGUCAUUUGGCUACCAUGGGCAAGGAGACAGAGGGCUCCGAUACAUUACUGUCUUCCUUCAAGAACAGCACGGUCCUCCGAGAUAUUGAGCGGAUUCUGGUGGUCCUCGAGCAGCCCGAAGAGGAACGGGAGCGAAACCUCCAAGCCUACAGCGAAGGGGAAACACCUCUAGAUGUUGAUGGAAUUCUUGCAUCCGCUGAAGCUCAAGAGUGGCAGAUGCCGGAAGGGAUGGAAGCACGCGAGACUCCAUUGUCAGGCGUAUCACCAGCUCGAACAGCAAUUGGCAUGUCUUCCAUGAAAAACAUCGGCGCCCGUCCCAUGCGCGACUCUGGUGUUCAGACAACUUUAACAGACAAUUUAUCCUCACCAUCUUACGGCUUUUCCUCGGCCCUCGAUGACCCUCGGUCGCUAAUGAAAACUCCACUUCAACUUCCUUACAACGCAUGGCCCCUUUUUGACGUCUACUUUUCAUACACACAAUGCUGGUUUCCCAUACUUGAAAAGCACGACAUUUUACGAACUGCAUUCCAAUACACUGAAGGCGAUGUUUACGUUUCCCGUUUGGCCCCCGGGUCUGGCGAGCACGCGGCCUUGUGGGCCGUUCUCACACUCGCAUCGCUGCAAGAUGCCUCGAUCGCAGCGACCCGACAAGCGGACGAACAACCCAACGCCUACCUGAGUCCGUCACAAAUGUAUAAUAUUGCCCGACAACUCAUCCCAUCCGAAAGUGGCCCGCAUGAGAUCGGGCAUGUACAAGCCUUGUUAAUUCUGGGUCUAGUCAAGUUUGGCCAGCAAGAAUGGACUGGGUCAUGGAUGCUUGUCGGUCAAGCUGUGCGAAUCUCUCACACACUUGGUCUUGAUCAGCCUUCUUAUCCAUCAUCUUCAAGAGCUCCUGAUCAGGACAAGCAACUCGGGCGUGCUAAACAUGUCUUUCUAGGUUGCUUUGUUCUUGAGACCCUGAUUGCUGAACAAACAUCACAGUGUCCUUCGUUGAGGAGAGCAGACUUGGCGAGGGUAGGGUCUAUCAACGAGGAUGGACUCGAGGAGUGGCAUCCAUGGGAAGAUCAGACUGGGUUACGGCCUCCCCAAUCCUCUCGGGCUUCAAUGCAGCGGGGACCCCUUCAUGCACUCAGCACAUUUAACCGACUCGUCGGUCUUGUGUCUAUCUUAAACGAUCUUUGUUGUUGCAAGCAUGACCCGACUAUUUCUCGGUCGCAGCUUGAAACACUGGAAUUGCACUUGCAACGCUGGGCAACGGCUGUUCCGAAAAGCUAUCGCGUGGACUUACAAAGCCGUCCUAUCAAGCUGGCAUCUCCGCAUAUCUUUAAUCUGGAGAUCACCUACGAGAGUGUUGUCAUCGCUUUGAGCUCCCAAAUAGCUAUUCGAGAGGCUGACCAGAACAUCCCGGAACCACCACACAAACUUCGUGCAGCGGAAAGUACGAACCGGCUACUCCAGCUGCUUCAACUUUACAUGGAUACAUACAGCUUCGCAGCUACUGCGCCGACCUUCGGUAUGAUGCUUCGAUUCGGCCUUCCACGCUCUCUUUCUAGGGAGCUUCCUUCCGAUCUUGAUAUGGGUCUGCGAAACAAAAUUCAUACCGUCUCUUCUCACCUCUCCGUAUUAUGGAACAUACCUGACCAACAGAUGACUGGUCAUACUAUGCCACACAGACCGCAGGUUAUGGGUACAUCUCCCGCUGCUUCGCAACAAAUGGAGCUGUCCGUUAGCGGGGAUAUGGCCAUGCCAUCCUCCAUGUCAGUGGGAACUCCUUCACAUCACCUGCCUCCCGCAGAUGGGCAUCCACCUCCAACUAGCGCACAUCCUACGUCUGCUCCUGCAGAAUCUUUCAUCUCCACGCCCUGGCUCCGGGCCACACAACACAUUGAAGAUGUAUCCCUUCUCCCUACCUCUACACCAUCGUUGGCGACUAUCGGUGGUGGUCAAGAAUUACCAUCACAGCAAGGACAUAUGGAUCGGGCCCUCGCCUCUGGGCUCCGCCAUCCUUCCUCGGCUCCUCCCAAGCCUCAGAGUGGCACUGGCAUGCUUCCUGACCUUUCUCCCUCAUACCCUACUACACAAUACCAUCCAGCAGCAUACCAGGAUCCAUCGAUGGGCAUGGGUCCUUUUGUUGAUAUGGAUGGAUAUGGCCCGCCACGCAGGCAACGAAUUGCCCCUGACCUUGAUGCAUUAUUUGAUGAGUUAGCAUCAUUAGAUGGUGCCGAAAAAGCCGAUAAUCAACCGGAGUUCAUGCAAAACCUAGGGUUCGUCUCCGAUGCUGGUAUCCCCGAGCUUUACUCGUUCUCGGGUCAAAUUGAACCGUUCUUGCUUGCGCAGACGCAGCAAAUACCAGGCAAUGGAGCUCCACCCGGUGUGCGGCGAGAGUCGCAAUCGUUGGGAAUAUCAGGAACACCCAAACGAUGA